AUGUACAACUUACAUCAAGCCUGCAUCAGAGAAUAUUAUAACCAGAGGCAGAAGAACGAAGAUGCUAAGAUGGAAUUGAUGGGUGCCCGGUAUGACAAGGAGAUGUACAAGAAGGCGGCGAUGGCCAGAGAGCAUGAUAUGGAAAAAGCAAUGCGAGAGCAAUCCAGAAGAAUUGAGGAUUAUGAAGAAAAACUCAGAGUAAUACAAGGGUUCAUUGAAGCCAGCAGGAGCAUGGCGGAUAGGGCAAGGGAGGAAGCUGAAUCAAAUGUCCAUAGGCUGGAAGCGGAAAGGUUCCAACAGCUAGACAAGAUCCUGUCACUUCGUCUAGCCUUGGAAGAGAUGCAAGCUCAGGCACCCGCACAAAAUAUUGUCAAUGUCCCACCACCUCCACCACCAGAAGAGCCUCAGCCACCAAACCCGGAGGAAGCGGAUCAAUUAGUACCUGUGAUAGAAGUAGAAGAAGAUCCAGUUCCACCUGCAGAUCCUGAGAUAGAUCUGUAUGCUCAUGAGAAUCUGGAGGGAUUUGAUGUGGACAUAGAGGACGACCAGGGUGAAGUCCCUGCGAGAAAUCAACAGUUCGCUUGGGCCAAUGCCAAUGCUGAUGGAUUAGAUCCUCAGGGCUAUGGACCCAUUCAGCAAUGGGGAGAAGAGGAACCCGAAGGUGAAGAAGAAGAAGAGGAUCCUGAAGAAAUGGAAGGAAACUCUGGAAUUAGCACCUCCGCAUCUGAUACUUCUCGCACCUGGAGCGACCCCAGGCUGGAGUCCGGAACCCCCACGCGGUUUGCGCUGAAAAAAUCGCUGCUUCCUCUUGGGGUUUCAAAGGAGGAAGAGGAUGAGAAAAAGGAUGAGGUGCUGCCCAGCAUGGAGCCCGCGAUGACCAAGUCGACCGCCGGCGACAUGCAGGUGGACGGGAACCGCUCCACCAUCUACGCGUCCGGCGACAUUCGGGGGUGA